UUUUUUCUUUUCUUUUUCUUUUUGCAAUAGGUCUAAAUCAAAGAUCAAAGGCCAAUUCCGGUUACAUAUACAGCAAUUGACCUUCAUGGACUGAAAUGAAGAGUCUCCGUGGUCUGCAGUAUGCGCUGGAAUCUGCAAGAUCACGACAUGUCCCUCUCAAUAUAUAUCAGAGAGCUAGGGUCGGUUUCCUGAGAUGGAGUAGUCGCGGAACUGUCAAAGGCCAGCACGAAGGCUCAGAAAAUUCUACUCCAAAGUCGCAUCAUUAUACGGCAGACGAGAGGCCUGUUGAGCCUCAGAAGCCGUUACAGCAUGCGCUCUCUCAGCCAAUGCGCACCAUCAUGCGUCAUCUUCCGCAUCCCGUAGUCGUCAUUACGACCCUUGAGAACACGGUGGACAUCAGCGAGGUUAUAGAUACGUCAAAUAGGCAACUGCCGCCGCCCGUUCCGCGGGCUAUGACAGUCUCGUCCUUCACAUCUCUAUCCAUCGAUCCUGUACCCAGGGUCACAUUCAAUGUAACAUUACCAAGCACAACAUAUCAAGCGCUUGUCAAAUGUCGUCAAUUUAACGCCCAUAUCCUCGCUAGCGAUGACCAUGGCGCAAGAAUCGCCGACUUAUUUACUCGGGGAAAUAGGUCACCCGUAGACAUAGGCAAAGGGGAACCAGAUCUCGGGGUCCUCGAAGGUUUGAAAAAGUUGGGCAUCGAAGUCUUAGGACAGAAGGAAUGGCUACAUGAGUGGGAGCACGCCAAAUACUACGCGGGAAAAUCCCUUGCUUCCAGGAGCGCAGAAACCUUUACUACAAAGAUUGAAUUGCCUCCAUCGGGCACGUUGCCGGUGCUACAAGGCCAGGGCAUCAUGCACGUGCUCAAGUGCGAGUAUCGUAAGCUGACGCCCCCAGUGGACAGCGACUUCGACCACCAUGCCAUCGUUAUGGGCGAGGUGGUGGAUAUAGUUCCCGGAGAGCAUGGCAUUGCGCUUGCCUACGCCGACCGAGCGUACCGACAGAUGGGAGAGAAGCUUUUGGAUAGACCUACAGAUAGCCCAGCAGCCUUUUCACGAGAAAAUGGUCAACAAGCUGUCGGCAAGCCUGCGACUAAUACAAAUAAAUAAUAACCACUUAUUGUUAAGACACGCAGAAAAGUACAGUGUAGGUGACCAUCGAUUGUAUACCUACCUCGGUACAUACCUAGUCAAGCAACUCACUCAUACUGAUAGCCCCCUUACAAGAAAUCGGGGCAAUCUAUAUUCUUGUGUGUAAAGCACACAAUGCGGAGUGGAAUGAGUGUU